AUGACGGAAGAUGAUACAUUCUUUAGACGAGCAGCUGAAGCUAUUGUUGCAACAAGUCUCAAUUCUGCAAAUGUUGAUCCUACAAUACGAGAAUUGUUAAAACGAAUAACAGUAAAUACUGACGUUGAUAUUUUUAAUCUUAAGAGUGAAAAUGACGAUAAGAUUCAUGAAGAAGUUACCACUGAAGUUUCAUAUAUUACUGAGAAUUCACAACGAUUAGAAUCCUUAAUUACUUCAGGUUCAACUAAUAAAGCACAGGCAAUGGAUAAUGCCUCCGUACUGUUGGAUUUUUAUACAGGUUCAAAAUUAAGUACAACAAAUGAUAAUGAUAAUAUCCAUUUUAAGAAAAUUCCAGAUGAUAAAUUACAACAACCUAGAAAAUUUAAUGAAUUAGUUCAUACUCAAAUAUUCAGUGAUACUAAUAAUGAGGUGUCAAGUAAUGGUUCCCCUGAUAUGGAUUCAAUACCGUGGAAAAAAGUUAAAUCUUUAAAAGGUCAACAUAAUAGGAAAGAAUAUCCUUGCAAUAAAUGUCAUUUGAUCUUUGGUAGACUCUCGGACUUGAGAAGACAUGAAAAGGCACAUCUACCAAUUUUACCAAAUAUUUGUUCUCAAUGUGGGAAAGGUUUUGCUAGGAAGGAUGCGCUUAGACGACAUUUUGAUACUUUGACUUGUAAAAGAAAUAGAAGUAGAUUAUUAAGUAUAGGCGACGGAGAUAUUAGUCGAAUUAUACAAAGCACAAAGAGAAACGAUAAAUAG